AUGACGAAGCACGGAGCGAAGGGAAAGAGUAGCGCUGCACGAGGUCAAAGGGCUGCACAAAGAAAGGCUGUGGAAGUGCCACGUAAGGAGGAUGAUAGUUCUUCUGUCUCUAGCUCCUCAUCCAAUAGUGAUUUCUCUUCCGAAGGAGCUCCAGGCCCAAUGGCAAGUGGCUUCGUCGGGUUCAGCAAGGGGGCAAGUGAGCCUGGCCGCAAAAGGCUUUUUGACGACAGCGACGAAGAGAAUGACCACUCUGAUUCUAGCCCACAACAAAAGGAAGUGGCAGAAGAGUUUGGAAGUGAGGAGUCUACUUUCACAGACGAGAAGAUUGACAUAGGCCUCAAAGCUACACGACCUGCAAUCCGGGCUAUGCAAGAGGCGCAGGAAGAGAACAUGAAGGAGCUUAGGCAUACGGAAAUCUACGAUCCGCGUGUAGAUGAGGUCACCAACAUAGAAGGAAUUCGUGGAAGGAUCUUGCGUGUCGUUGGGGUCCUGGCAGACUUCAAGUCACGGCGCCAUCCUGAUCUGAGCCGCAUGUUCUAUCUAGAGCUACUUAAGAAGGAUAUAUCGGUAGCGUAUGGUUACUCAGACGGCGUCAUUGACAUUUUGCUAGGUCUUUUUGGCCCCAUAGACUUCCAUGCGUUUAUAACAGCUUGCGAGAAGCCACGCCCACUCACCAUUCGUGUCAAUUCCCUGAAGGUCAAGCGGCGCCAACUCGCGCAGAUGCUUAUUGCACGCGGCGUCAACCUGGAUCCUCUUGGUGACUGGUGUAAGGAUGGCCUGCAGAUCUUCUCCUCCCAGGUGCCCAUAGGAGCAACCCCGGAGUAUCUGCGUGGAUACUACAUGAUACAAGACGCUGCCUCGUUCUUGCCGCCCAUGGCGUUGAGUCCCAAGCCAGGCGAGCGUAUUCUUGACAUGUCUGCGGCUCCAGGAGGAAAGACAACGCAUCUAGGAGCCCUGAUGCAGGACUCUGGAAUGAUCCUCGCUAAUGACAUGAACAGGGACAGAAUACCUGCUCUUCAGGCCAAUCUGGCUCGAAUGGGUGUGACGUGCGCCGUGAUUUCUUGCAGUGACGCUAGAGAGCUGGCACAGUGCACUGGGAACUUUGACAGGGUGUUACUUGACGCUCCUUGUACGGGGCUGGGCGUCGUUUCUAAGGAUGCAAGCAUCAAGGCCAACAGGACAUUCGAAGAUAUACACAAGCUUUCUCACCUCCAGAAGGAGCUUCUUAAAUGUGCAUUUGAUCUUUUAGCGAAGCAUCCCUCAAGCCCACGAUUGGUAUGCUAUUCUACUUGCAGCGUAACACUGUCUGAAAACGAGGCCGUAAUAGACUGUAUUUUGCGCACGCGGAAUGUCGAGGUUGUGGAUCUGCCAUUUAACUUCGGAAAACCCGGAAUUACGAGAUUCAAUGGUGUGAGCUAUCACCCAUCCAUUCAGAAGGCACGUCGCUUCUAUCCGCAUAUACACAACACCCAUGGAUUCUUCAUCUGUCUGCUGCGUCUCAAAGUGUAG